UGUUAUAGAGACAGUACCGUAAUCGAGAUGCUGAUCAGUGCAACAAUGCAGAGGCUUGUCCUGCUGGCGCUGUGCGCGGCAGCGACCUCCGCCGCGGCGUCCGGCGGCGACGUGGAUACCUACAGCUUCCCGGCCUUCGACGCCAGAACGGAGGACAUCGUCGCCGUCACCAACACGUCCAUCACCGGCCUCGCUCUCCUCUUCGGCCCCGCGUCAUCAUCAGAUGAGCACUACUCCCGCGUUAACCACUCCGAGGGCUUCCUGCUCCUUUCCCAGAGGGUCGGCGUCUGGCGCGCCGGCGACGUCGUCGACGGCGGCGGGGUGCCGGAGCGCGAGGCGUCGUUCAACACCAGCUUCUCGCUGGCCGGGUCCUCCGCCGUGGCGUUCGUCGUCCUCCGGGACAUCUACCCGCCGUUCCUGAACCGGGACGGGUUCCGCGGCCCCGGGAACGUCACGUUCGCCCCGGACGCCGCCGCGUCCGGCGGCCUCGCCGCCGUCGAGGCCGGCGCGGUGAGGGCGUACGGCCAGUACGAGCCGGGCGUGGGCCUCAACGUCACCGUCACGCCAAACGGCACAGCUCCUAGCAGGACCGUGUGGAUCGAGUACGACGCCGCCGCGCACCGCCUGUUGGUGUACGUCGCUGCUGGCGCCACGGGCGCGUCGUCCAGGCCGCCCGAGGCCCUCCUCGACGCGACGAUCAGGCUCGCCGCCGGCCGCCGAACCACCCAGAACGCGUCCGUCGGAUUCUUCGCUGGCGCCGUCCGCGACGUCAUCGUUGGCGUCCGUGGAUGGAACAUGACGUUGGAGAGGUUGGAUGGCCGGAUCUCGGGUGCCGGUGAAGGGAGGAAGAAGGGCACGUCGUGCGCGGUGAUACUCCUCGUCGUGCUUGGGUCGGUGGCGGUCAUGUUCUGAUUGAGAUUGAUGCUCUGAUGGUUAUACAGUCAGAGCUACAUCGACAAGUUUUGAUGUAAGCGCUGCUGCAGGGCAUAUCCGUGUGCUAUAGAAUCAUGUAGUUGACCUGACGAUUUUUUAGUCCUACAAGAAAGUAGAAACUCUAAUAAAGUAGCACAUGGUCUUGCUACCUUGGGAGUAGUUGUUCAUAGGAGAUGGAUCCAAUUAUGAAAAAUCUUUGGGGUUA